AAGCCACACGGCCUGACUCUUGCAUCAAGGUGGUACGAUAAUUGUUUUGAAGCAAGCCCUCGCUCGCCGUUGCCGUUGCACCCAUUUACUUCCACACAAAAACUGGGCAGAACCCCUCCAGGGGAAAAUGGCGGAGACAGGCAGCAAGCGUAGUCACGACGACUUCGUGGAAAAUAAUAGCGUUGAUGAUGACAGCUCCUCAGAUGAUGAUAUGGGCCCUCAGCUGCCCUCCGCCGCCGCUCCGAAGAAGAAACGACGUGUAUUACCUCACGAAAAGCUCUAUGUCGAUGCCCUUCCGAAGACCUCGCGUUACUCCAAGUCUCUCAUGCACAAAGAACAGCUCUCCUUCGUCACAGUAACCCGUACCGAAUUCCUUAUCACGAGCUCUGUCGAUGGCGUCGUCAAAUUCUGGAAGAAGGUUGCGCAGGGGAUUGAGUUUGUUAAAGAAUUCAAGGCUCACCAAGGGGAGAUACGCGCCGUAUCUGUAAGCCAAGAUGGGAGAAGCUUUGCGACUGCUGGCGCCGACAAUUCUGUUAAGAUUUUUGAUAUCAUCACCUUCGACCUUCUUACUAUGCUAUCCCUGGACUUUUCGCCAAAGUGCCUUUGUUGGGUCCAUAAGCGCGGCGCGUCACUACCACUAUUGGCCAUUUCGGAUGACUCUAAGCCGCUCAUACACAUAUAUGAUGGCAGAGGAGAGAACCACACGCCGCUACAUACCAUUAAAGGGCUUCAUAGAGGUACCGUUUCCCUCAUGGCAUUCAACGAUGCGUAUGACUGCGUAAUCUCGGCGGAUGAGAGCGGGAUGGUUGAGUACUGGUCACCAAGUUCUAGUUACGAAAAACCUAGCAAUGUCUUCGAGUACAAAAGCUCUACCAACCUCUUCGAUUUCAAAAAGGCAAAGUCUGUGCCCGUAUCACUGUCGAUCUCACCCUCCGGUCACCAAUUUGUAUCGUUUUCGCUCCCCGAUCGCAAAAUUCGGAUAUUUGAGUUUGGUACUGCGAAGUUAUACCGUACCUAUGAUGAAUCCCUACAGACCAUCGAAGAGAUGCAACAAGUUGGGAGUGCGGCACAGAAACUAGACGAUGUAGAAUUCGGCCGACGACUUGCAGCUGAACGAGAGAUAGAAUCGGGUUCCCUACGAAAUAAGGUGAAUGUCAUCUUUGACGAAUCGGGCCAUUUCAUCCUGUACGGCUCCAUUCUUGGCGUUAAGGUCUUGAAUACCUUUACGAACCAAGUGGUCAAAGUGUACGGGAAAGACGAGCACCUGCGACCCCUCAACCUUGCCGUGUACCAGGGCCAGCCGCAGAAGAAGGGUGUAACGACAGUGGCGAUGGCUGCCUCCAACAAUCCACUUCUACAAGAGUCCGAAGCAAGGGACCCUAUUCUUUUCGCAACGGCUGUAGGUAAGGUGCGGUUUUACAUGUUUACCAACGACACAGAGAUAUCUCGCUCGGAAAGAGACGUGCAGAACGAGAAGCCUACACUUUUGAACCCCAAGAAGGCAGCACAGGCGAAGAAAGCCGAGACAGGCACGUCAGCUGUCAUUCACACAAGUUAUGGAGACAUCCACAUCCGGCUCUUCCCAGAUGCAGCACCCAAAGCUGUGGAGAACUUUGUCACACACUCGAAACGUGGCUAUUACAACGGCACCAUUUUCCACAGAGUCAUUCGGAAAUUCAUGAUACAGGGUGGCGAUCCCCUAGGUGAUGGAACUGGCGGCGAGAGUAUCUGGGGUAGGGAAUUUGAAGAUGAAUUUAGCACACUGAAGCACGACAAGCCAUACACGGUCAGCAUGGCGAAUGCCGGGCCCAACACGAACGGCAGUCAAUUCUUCAUCACGACGGAAAAGACGCCGUGGCUAGACAACAAGCAUACCAUCUUCGGCCGGGCAGUUCAGGGUUUGGAUGUCGUCCACAAGAUUGAAAACGCUCGUGCAUACAAGGACAAGCCGGAAGAGGACAUCAAGAUUCUCAACAUCGAUAUUUCGUAGGAUGUAGCUGUGCCGAAGCCUAGCCCCCUGUGGACACGUAUGUAAAUCAAAUUAUACCCACCGACAGUUACAUUAUCUCAGAAUAACAGGCGUAGUCAGUAAUGCAUGACGACGCUAUUGACGGCGCGGCGUUUGGGCGUCGCUUAAAGUCAAGGGAGGCGUCCUU